CUAAAAAAUCAACCCUGUAUUGUUAUUUAAUUUCGGCACUGACAGACAACUUCAUAGCGCGCUGCCGUCUAACGGCUCCAACCGUGCGCGCCCACACAUUCUAGCAUAACGGCUCGCACUGCACUCACAUUUAGUUAAUAAUACUGUGUAUCAACGUUUUCUUGUCAAAUGUGUUAAAUUAAAUUAAUUAAGAAGCUUUUUAUAUAAAAAAUUUAUUUCCUAAUAACAACAAUGGAAGACUGCCAAACACCCACGCUGGCACAGGUGAUGGAGUUCAAGUACGAACUCACACCGACAAUGGUCUUUGACCCCAGCCGACUGCAUGAUGCGCAAAAUCUAAUUGUUAAUCGCAUAAAUGUGCGCUGCUUUACGCCGACAAUGAGGAAUUUCCAAUCGCCCGGACUAUCGCCGAUCAACGAAUGUGAGCAGACGCUGCUCGGUGGUGUUGCCGUUGGUGUCGCCGCCAAUAUGGAGAGUCUGCAGAAGACACGGGCAUUGACGGCUGCUGUGAAGGAGGAAUAUUUCAAAGUGCCGCUUAAUAAAACGAAAAAUGUACAACAAAAGCAAACAUUGGCGAUGCAGCAACAACAGCAAAAACAACAAAUGCCACACAAUUUCGCUUGUCAUACACAUUUUGUCAGCGAUUCACCGCAGGUCUUUACGCUGAAUUCCACGACCAAUUCAGAAGUCGAUUUUAGCAUCGACGACAACACGAGCCCCGAUAGUUCAGCUAUACUUGGUUGCGCCAAUAACAACAAUAGCAAUAAUGAUAAUAUUACGGUUAGUUUAAAUAGCAGCAACAAUGUCACAUUUACCAACAGUCUAAGUAAUUACUUCAACAAUAAUAAGAUCACCAGCAAUGCAUCGAAAAAUGUCAGCAAUACAAAUCUGCUGGAUCGCACUAUGAAUGUGUCGACGCUGCUGCGCAGUGUUGGUCUCGAGCAGUAUAUAGAUGGCUUUGAGGAGCAAAAUAUGGACUUGGAGCAGUUUUUGAAUCUACGCGCUGAGGAUAUUCCGCGUUUGGGCGUGCACAUAAUGGAGCAUCAGAAGAUACUCUUAGAUUUACUAAACGAGUUGAAUGGUGUUUGAUUCGUCCUAUUUUGAAUAAUUCCUAAUUUUUUAAUGUGGUCUUUAUAUAACGGUGAUUUUGUAAAUGUAAUUGUCUUUGCUUGGCAGUCAUCUAUUCUAAGUUUUUAAUAAAAUUAUCUUUGAUUUCUAUGAAA